AUGAAGGUUGGGGAUGGGGAUGGUGGUAAAUCAAACAAACUCGCGGCUCUGACAGGCAUGGGUAACCCGAACGAGCCGUCAGUUUACCCUGGGAGACACACGCCAUCAUCGCUUCGCUCUUACAAUUCGCGGGGACAUACUCCCGCGAACAAGCCGUACGACCCCACGGAAGACGACCCGACUGAACAUAUUUCGGCGAAAUGGGGCCAGGGUGACAACGCGCAGGAUCACUCCCAUUACAUCGUGGCGCCAUCCAUACAAGUGCGCUCGGAAUUCGCGUCCAUCACUCGCGCGUCGGAGCAGAGCCAGCCACUGACAUGCAUCGUCGUCGUCGAGCUGCCUGGCAAGCGGCAGAACACACACGUUCCUGGCGCCGUUAUGCCCGAGUCGUUCCCUCAACGGAGCGGCAGCGCAUUCCAAGACAACAACUCGCUGCGUGAGAACUCGGUGCACGAUUAUCACCCACAGCAUAACCGGUCAGUCGACCAACAUUCCCAGACGCGCUCGCAGCAGAUGUCGCCGGCCUCCUCGCAGCAAGGGUUACCGCCCGCUCAGCCGUUUGAGGAGAACCACGAGGAUUCACCAUUCACUGCGAUUACGCGCGACCUGGAGGCGCGGAUCAUCGACUGGAAGGGCCACCCGCUCUCUGGGCUCGGCCCGUUGCAGAUGUAUGACCUUCUUUCGGUCCGGAGAGACGCGAUGGUGCGCGAGUUCUUCGUUUACCUCUUCAGGGAGGCGAUCAUCUGCGUUGUGGAGGAGAGGAAGCGGACACUUGGCCGGUUGCUUUCCUCUGCAUCGGGUGCGGCGUCCGCACUGGGCGACUCAGCAGGGCAAAACGCACCGCAGAAGGGUGUGUUGCGACUGAAGGGCCGCAUCUACAUCCGGCAUAUCAAACAUGUUACCGAUACCAGUGUCGCAGGCGAGCUGAGCCUGACCAUUGACAUGGAGGACGAGCGGCUAGACUCGUUCAUCCUUAUAUUCAAAGACCGGUCAUCACUGGAGACAUGGAAGGCCCACAUCCAGUCUCUGGUCGCCGUCUACCAGCAGCAGAGCACUGCGGCCCAGGCGCGCGAGCACAUGGGAUCGCCACCGGCGCCAGACCUGGAAGAGUUCGGCGGGAGCCAGAAAGCGAUGCGUAUGCUCAGCGGCAGCACAACGGGCACGACGGUGAGCACGACGGACAGCCUCCUCCUCAACGGCUCGGCGCGCUCAACGGUCUCCUCGCACACCUCGUAUGGCUCGAACGGCCCUCCGCCUGUCUCGCGUGCACCGGGUAUGCCUCCGCAGAUGCAGCACAAGCUCAGCACGCUCGAAGAGGACUCCGAGUUUGGCAGGUACGGCUCGCCGACCCCGCUCGUCGCGCCCCACAUGUCGUCGGGCCCGAGCAACUCGCUCCAGCCGCUCCCGCAUCCCCCGCUCGACCUCAUUCUGGUCAUAUCCGUGCCGUCGCCAAGCGCGACGCCAAGCACGGCCGCGCUCAAGGUUCGCGUCAUCCGUGCCUCGCUCGAUUUCAUUGUCGCUUCGCUGGCGCCGAAGGACCGGCUUAGCCUUGUCACGUUCGAGGUCGGCAUCGGAGGCAAGGUGAGGAAGACACCGUUCCUGAGCACGGGAAAGCCUGCCAGCCGUUCUAGGCUCAAGAAGUUCGUGGAUGAGAUUGGGUACAGGGAUGACGGGCUGCCACAUGAGGAUGAGUUCUUGGUCCGCGCGUCGCAGGAUGACAAGACUGAUGUGGUCACCGCAGUCAACCAUGGUCUCGAUGUGGUCUUGCAGCGGAAGUCGCGGAACCCGGUGACAGGCAUGAUCCUCGUCAGCGAUACCGCCGACACAACACGGCGAGCGCAGAUGGACCUUGUGCUCGCCCGUACGGAGGCCGCCAACGUUCCCAUCCACUCAUUCGGCUACGGCCGCUCGCACGACCCAGCAUCCCUCUGGCUCAUGUCGAAUCACACGAGUGGCACGUACACGUUUCUGCACAUGAAGAUCGUCGACGGACAGCGCUUCCGCAUUCGGAAGAUCUCUGGCGGUCCUGUGGCGAUCCUUUCAUCCGAUGGGCGCGACGUCGACGUCGAGCUCGGCGAGCUGCGGUACGGUGAGCGCAAGGAGAUGCUUGUCGAGCUUGAGCUGGACAACAGCGAUGUUGCGCAGAUGACGCAUACGCGGCAGCCGACAGCACAGUCAGCGCCGCGUGCGCUGGAUGCAACCGACCAGUUCAUGGGUCGGAUGGGUCUUGAUGCGCUGUCUAUCGCGGACCUGCCUGACCUUGCGGACGGGAUGAUGGACCGCAUGAUAGAUGAGGUCCCUGUCUUCGAGGUCGAUGGCUCGUUCUUCGACCCUGCUGCGGCGAAAAACGUCUCGCGACUUGCUCACCCUGUGCUUCUCACCGUCACCCUCCUACCAAACACUGGCAGCCGGCCGCGCACACCCGCGGCGAACGGCUCUGACCCAUUCAUUGUCCGUCGCAGGAUGGAGUUGCUUGCGUCGGAUAUGAUCACGAGGGCCCUUGUGUUGGUGUCUAGGAAGAAUCAUCCUCAAGCACAAAAACUACUCAAUGAGACCCGCCGCAUUCUGCACACGGUGCUGCAGAACAUCACCCAGUCACUACCGCCGCCUAACAGAGACGGUGGCACGAUGAGGAAUCGCAAGGAGAUCCUUACGUUGAGUGCUGUUCUGUCGGAGGCACUUGAGGACAACCCAGACGUCUUCGGGCAUGACCAGCGCAACUUCGGCGCUCAGCAGGCUAUGGUUCUUCGUGAUCAGAAGAGCUGGAGUGGCCGGAGUGCCAUCGAAAGACUGUUCUGGACGAUCGACAACUCGAUCGAACUCGUCUCCCGAAGUACUGACUGGGUCGCCCGUGAUUGA